AUGACAAAGAAACAUAAGCUGGAUGAAGAGUCAGGAAUGCUUCUUGGAAGAAAAGCACAGUGUGAACCUCCAGGACCGUUUCUCAAUGGACAGAUAAAGGGCCCUCCAAGUCUUCGGGUUGGUGCGACUGUGAACUUUGACUGUAACGAAGGGUAUCGGUUACAAGGCCAACCUUCCAGUCAAUGUGUAAUUGCUGGACAGCGGGCUUCUUGGACCAGGAUGCCAGUAUGCAAAGAAAUUGUUUGCCUGCCACCUCCUUCUAUUCUCAAUGGAAGACACACAGGCAGCUCUUCGGGGAACUCUCCAUACGGAAGCACAGUUACUUACACCUGUGACCCAGACCCAGAGAAAGGAGUGAGAUACAUCCUUACUGGGGAGAAGACUAUCCGUUGUAUCACCAAUAGUCAGAAGAUUGGGAUCUGGAGUCACCCUGCCCCAAGCUGUGAACUUUCUAGUUCUGCCAUUCAGUGUCCACCUCCCCAGAUCCUAAGAGGCCAAAUAUCAUCUGGGCAGAAAGAGCAAUAUUCCUAUAAUGACACCGUGGUAUUUGCUUGCUCAUAUGGCUUCACCCUGAAGGGCAGCAAGGCAAUCCGAUGUAAUGCCCAAGGCAUGUGGGAGCCAUCGGCACCAGUCUGUGAAAAGGGGUGCCAAGCCCCUCCUACAAUUCUCAAUGGGCACAAGGAAGAUGGACACAUGGUCCGCUUUGACCCAGGAACAUCCAUAAAGUACAGCUGUGACCCGGGCUAUGUGCUCGUGGGGAAAGAAUCCAUACGUUGUACCUCUGAGGGGGUGUGGACCCCCACUGCCCCCGAAUGCAAAGUGGCGGAGUGUGAACCUAUAGAAGAGCAAGUCUUUAAGAAACCCCAGGAUCAAUUUGUUAGACCAGAUGUUAACUCUUCUUGCGACGAAGGGUAUCGGUUAGGGGGGAGUGUUUAUCAGAAGUGCCAAGGUGCGAUUCCUUGGUUUAUGGAGACUCGUCUUUGUGAAGAAAUCAUCUGCCCACCACCUCCUGCCAUCUACAAUGGGAAACACACAGGGAGUUCCUCAGGAGAUAUUCUAUAUGGAACCACGGUCACUUACACAUGCAACCCUGGACCAGAGAGCGGAGUGGAAUUCAACCUCAUUGGGGAGAGCACCAUCCGUUGUAUAAGCAAUGACCAAGAGAGGGGCACCUGGAGUGGGCCUGCCCCUGUCUGUAAACUUUUCCUCCCUGCUGUUCAGUGUCCACCUGCCCAGGUUGCAAAUGGAUACAAGAUAUCUGGCAAGGAUGCCCCAUAUUUCUACAAUGACAGUGUGACAUUCAAGUGUAAUCAUGGAUUUAUUUUGAAGGGCAGCCAUCAGAUUCGUUGCAAAGCCGAUAGCACCUGGGAUCCUGAAAUACCAGUUUGUGAAAAAGGCUGCCAGCCACCUUUUGGGCUCCAUCAUGGUCAGCAUACGGGUGGAAAUAGGGUCCUCUUUGUCUCUGGGAUGACUGUAGACUACACCUGUGACCCUGGCUACUUGCUUGUGGGAAACAAAUCCAUUCACUGUAUGCCUUCAGGAAAUUGGAGUCCUUCUCCCCCUCGGUGUGAAGAAGCACCAUGUCAACCUGUGAGAGAUUUUCAAGAGCCUCCCAUUCAUUCACAUGUGAUACCAGUCAAUACAUCCUGUCAAGAUGGGUACCGGUUGACAGGACAUACUUAUCAGAAGUGUCAAGAUGCUGAGAAUAGGGUUUGGUUCCAAAAGAUUCCACUUUGUAAAGUAAUUCACUGUCAGCCUCCACCCAUGAUUGACCAUGGAAGGCCCAGGGGCGUGAUGGCAGGACCCUUCCGAUAUGGAAAUGAAGUUUCUUAUGAAUGUGACCAAGGAUUCUCUCUUCUGGGAGAGAAAAAUAUACGAUGCAUAAGUGAUUCUGAAGGACAUGGAUCUUGGACUGGACCUUCCCCAAAGUGCUUAAAAUCUCCACCUGUGAUUCACUGCCCUAGCCCAGAAGUCAAACAUGGGUACAAGCUCAACAAAACUCGUUCCUCAUAUUCCCACAAUGACACAGUGUAUGUCGCCUGCAAUCCUGGCUUCAUCAUGAACGGCAGUCACGUGAUUAGGUGUCAUACCAAUAACAAAUGGGUGCCAGGUGUACCAACUUGUAUCAAAAAGGCUUCCUUAGGAUGUCAACCUCCGCUUAAGAUACCCAACGGGAAUCAUACCAGUGGAGAUAUAGUUCGAUUUUCUCCUGGAAUGUCAAUCCUGUACAGAUGUGACCAAGGCUACCUGCUUGUGGGAGAAGCACUCCUUCUUUGCACACAUGAGGGAACCUGGAGCCAAUCUGCCCCUUAUUGUCAAGGUGUGGUGUCUAUUAUUCUCCUGUUUUUUUAUUCAAAUGUCUCUGAAAUAGAUAUUCAGUUAGGUCAGUGCAAAGCCCCGGAACAGCUUCCAUUUGCCAAGCUUACUCAUCUGACUGACGAGUAUGAGUUUCCCAUUGGGACAUCUUUGAAGUAUGAGUGCCGCCCUGGUUACCACAGGAGAGUAUUCUUUAUCACCUGCCUACCCAACUCAGUCUGGUCAAGCGCUGACAACAUCUGUCAACGUAAAUCAUGUGGAACUCCUGCAGAACCCUUAAAUGGCAAAAUGACCGUAAACAGAGACACCCGGUUUGGAUCAACCGUUAAUUAUGCCUGUAAUGAAGGAUACCGACUUAUUGGUAAGACCUCGAUUGCAUGCAUCAUCUCAGACAAUACUGUCGUCUGGGAUAACGAUCCACCUAUUUGUGAGACUAUUCCUUGUGGGCCACCCCCAGCCAUCGCCAAUGGAAAUUUCUUUAGCACCAACACAGAGUCUUUUCCAUAUGGAACCGUGGUGAACUAUCGCUGCCAUCUUGGACAGAGAGGGAAAAAGCUGUUUGAGCUUGUGGGCAACUCAUCAAUACAUUGCACCAGCAAAGACAAUCGCGUUGGCGUAUGGAGCAGCGACCCCCCUCAGUGCAUCAUACCUAAUAAAUGCACACCUCCAGACAUUGAAAAUGCAAUAAGGGUAUCUGAGAGCAAAACCUUAUUUUCCUUACAUGAAUUUGUGAGGUUCAUCUGUGAGCCCGGCUUUGUCAUUAAAGGACCCUCCAGUGUGCAAUGCCAAGCCCAAAACAAAUGGGGGCCAGAGUUGCCAAGCUGCUCUAGGGUGUGUCAGUCGCCUCCAGAAAUUCUGCAUGGUAAGCGCACCACCGGCAAAGAGACCAAUUUCUUCCCCGGGCACGAAGUGUUCUACAGCUGCCAGCCCGGCUAUGAUCUCCGAGGGGCUGCUUCUCUGCGCUGCACGCCCCAGGGAGACUGGAGCCCAGCAGCCCCAAGAUGUGCAGUGAAAUCAUGUGUGGACUUCCUGGACCAACUCCCUAAUGGCCGUGUGCUCUUUCCACUGAAUUUCCAGCUUGGGGCAAAAGUGUCCUUCGUUUGUGAUGAGGGGUUCCAUUUAAAGGGCAGUUCUGCUAGUUACUGCGUCUUGGUUGGAACAGAAAGCCUUUGGAAUCACAGUGUUCCUGUGUGUGAACAAAUCUUUUGUCCACAUCCUCCCUCUGUCCUUAAUGGGUACCACACCGGAACUUCUCAGGGAAACAUUCCCUAUGGAAAGGAAAUUACUUACACGUGUGACCACCACCCAGCCAGAGGGAUGACCUUCAACCUCAUCGGGGAGAGCACCAUCCACUGCACAAGUGACAGUCAAGGGAGGGGCAUUUGGAGCGGCCCUGCCCCUCGCUGUGAACCUGCUGGUCCUGCUGGUUACUGCAAAGCCCCAGAAGAGUUUCCGUUUGCCAAACCUACAACCCUGACUGAUGAGUCUGAGUUUCCGAUUGGGACAUCUUUGAAUUAUGAAUGUUCCCCUGGGUAUUUUGAGGAUAUGUUUUCUAUCACCUGCUUAGAAAACUUGGUCUGGUCGAGUGCCGAAGGUAUCUGUAGACGAAAAUCAUGUGAAGCUCCACCAGAACCCUUCAAUGGCAUGGUGCAUAUAAACACAGAUACCCAGUUUGGAUCAACAGUUCAUUAUUCUUGUAAUGAAGGGUAUCGACUCAUUGGCUCUCCUUCCGCAGUUUGUCUCCUCUUGGGCAGUACGGUCACUUGGGAUAAGGAAGCACCUAUGUGUGAGGAAAUCUUUUGUCCACAUCCUCCCUCUGUCCUUAAUGGGUACCACACCGGAACUUCUCAGGGAAACAUUCCCUAUGGAAAGGAAAUUACUUACACGUGUGACCACCACCCAGAUGCCUGUGGUGAGCCACCCAAAUAUGAAACUAUGGCCUUGAGGGAUAGCCCUAAAAAGUAUUACGAAGUUGGGGAGGAAGUAUAUUAUCAGUGUUAUCCAGGAUACUUAACUCUGCGAUCCGUCGUGACUUAUUGUGAGCAAAAUCACUCAUGGUACCCUCUUGAAGAAGCUUGUUUCAGAAAAGAAUGUAAUACUCCAGGACUCGAAAAUGGUGAAGUCUUUGCCCCAAAUUUCACCUUUCAAUUUGACAGUGAAGCUUACUUUUACUGUAAUGAGGGUUAUUACUUAUCUGGAAAAAAAGCUCUACUUUGUGAACUUCGUGGGGAUGAUGUGUUUUGGAGUGAUGAAUUUCCAAAAUGUUAUAGGAUUUACUGUAAACCACCUGCAAAAAUAAAAAAUGGAAAAUACAGCAAUAGUCACAGAACUAUAUUUGAAUAUAAUGAAUUAAUUACUUUUAGUUGUAACCCUUCACAAGGACCAGCUGAAUUUUCACUUGUUGGAAACAGCAAACUUAUUUGUGUUGACAAUAACAAGUGGAGUAGUAGCCCUCCUGAGUGUAAAGGCUAUCCUGAGCCCAACGACCCACUAACAUUUGAAGACUUUGAGGAAUUAGGUAUUAUUUUGGCUACUAAUUACUCUGCAUUAUGA